CCCAACAUGGCGCUGCCGGUGCGGGCUAAGCUAGCACGGCAUCUCCUGAUCAAGUUCUUCAGGAAGCUUCACCGAGUCCACCGAAGGUUUCUCUGCGAUGGGGGCACGUUGGAAACGAAGGCGUCUACGACAACAUGGCAGCGGGUGUUCUCCGGGAUCCAGCCCACUGGGGUGCCCCACCUGGGCAACUACCUGGGGACCCUGGAGACCUGGGCGUCCCUCCAGGACCGCUACCCGUCCGUCGUGUACAGUGUGGUGGACCUGCAUGCCAUCACCCAGCCCCAGGACCCUCGCAGUCUCAGGACCAACACGCUGGACAUGGUGGCCAGCCUGCUGGCGUGUGGCAUCAACCCGCACAAGGCCAUUCUCUUCCAGCAGUCACAGGUGCCUGAGCAUGCCGAACUCUCCUGGAUCCUCGGAUGCCUGACCAGCAUGCCGCGCCUCCGACACCUGCCACAGUGGAAGAUGAAGAGCAAGCAGAAGAAGGAAGGCAGUGUGGGUCUGUACACGUAUCCUGUCCUCCAGGCAGCGGAUAUUCUCCUCUACAAGUCCACUCACAUCCCCGUCGGCGAGGACCAGGUCCUGCAUCUGGAGCUGGCCCAGGACCUGGCUCGUAUCUUCAACAAGCGCUACGGGGACCACGUCUUCCCUGAACCCCGUGCCUUGCUCAGCUCCACCCGAAAGGUCAAAUCCCUCCGCGACCCCUCAUCCAAAAUGUCCAAAUCGGACCCUCUGACCAUGGCGACCAUUUACAUCACAGACACCCCGGAAGAAAUCACUCUGAAAAUCCGCCGCGCCGUCACCGACUUUACCUCGGAGGUGACGUACCACCCGGAGACGAGGCCUGGAGUGUCCAACUUGGUUAGCAUCCACGCUGCCGCCGCCGCCAUCAAUGUCGACGAGGCUGUGUCGCAAGCCCGAGGUUUGGACACUGCGGCGUACAAGAAUCUGGUCGCCGAAGUGGUCGUCCAGAGGCUGGCGCCCAUUCGGGACAAGGUUGUGCGGCUCAGGGCGGAGCGCCCCCACCUGGAGGCUGUGCUGGACGAAGGGCGACACAAAGCCAGGCAGCUGGCCACCAUCACGCUACAGGAAAUCAGAAAAUUGGUUGGAUUCUGUUGACGGGCGGAUUUGGAACUGCCACUGCCCGAUUGAUCCAAUUUUUUGGGAUGACAUCAUGGUUAACGUCUUGCCUCCAAAAAGUUUGUUUGUUUUGUUUUGUUAUGAGUUGUUUUUAUUUUGACCGAAUCAUGAUAAGAAAUACU